CUGGUUGCUGUGGGGUUUUGUGUCGAUUGCAUAUCACUUACCUAGGAAGCUUUGCGAUAGAGCACAUUAGCAAUUAGCCUGAUAAUUAUAUGCAUUUAUUGAGCUCCAUAUUGAAUUAACUUUCUUCAGGUACACCUGGCCAUAAUUAAUUAACUAGGUGCGCAGAGCUUCAUUUUUAGCUAUUGCUCCAAGAUCCUUGUCGGUUAAAGCACACGUUGGCAAGCGAAAGUCUGUGGAUGGAUGAAAGGUUGCUCCCGGCGUCGAACCCCACCAACCCACCAUCGUGCCGAUGAACACCAACACCACAAAUCAUCUUGACUUUACUUUACCUACCUUAGUUAGUUCCAUUGCAUACAAUUACCAGAGGCUGGUGGACUGCCUUUAUACUACUCUCGCGGCUGUCACCAGCAGUAAGGAUUGAUUGACCUUACAAAACCGACCACAACCUAACCGAAAGCCUGAUUCGCGAAAAGAACAGGUUCUCAAUUCAAGUCCGUCGCUAGGCGUCUGUCUGGACCAGAACCAUAUCGGGCCCGACCUGCAUUGGACACGCACCAGAACCGGAGCAUAACUCAAAACAGUCCCCCCGGUGUUUUGGGACUAUCUGGCCUACUUGCCUUAGGUGCUUUGUGUACCUUGCCUUAGUCGCUGUUUGCGGGACCGGUCUUGCUGCCGUACCACCAGAGGUUCGCAUACGGGGAGCCACUCAAGGAAACACAAGAAUCAACCUGGCUGUCGAGCACGAGGACCCUACUACAUAAAUUAAGCCAUUGUCAUUGCUGCCGCUCAGCUGUCGUUCCGGUGCCGCGACGUCGAAUCGAAGUACCUUUCGCUGCCCGCCAGCCCCUCGUUGUCGACUGCUUGUGGCACAUUGCUCUAAAUUCUGCCUCAAACAAGUUCAGAAUCGGUCUUGAAGUUGCAACUUUGGCACCAUACCCCUCGCACGCUGUUUUUGCUCGGGGACAACAUCAGUGUGAGGUUUGGUUGGACUUGAAGCGUGUUUCGGCUGCUGGCAGUGACACCAACAAGCAUCCAACUUGUCACCCUGACAUAUAUCAUCCCGUCGCCUCUUUGUCCACCUUUCAAACGCGCAUGCAAAGCUUGGGGUCGAACCUUCGCCUUCUUUGAUUGCCGCUUGACACUUUCAAUUCGUAUCGACUAACGGGCGCUACGGACCAGAAAAGUCAGGGACGAUAAAGCUCGCAGAUCCCAAGCCACCACUUCCCAUCGGCGCUAUACUUCGAGGUCCUCCCUCACCAAAACUGCCCCGCGGCCAAUUACUUAAAAUCCUGACGCUGGUGGCGUUCGGCUUGCUUAUCCCUUAGAUUGAGGGGGGUGCUUGCCGUUUUUUUUUCUUCGGGAAAAUCGAAGUAGGAGCGCGAAUAGUACCUAAAGCCUGACCAAAGGGAGCCCCGAGGGAAAGCAUGUUUGCUUAGCUGGCCCUUUCUGAUCAUUCCAGGCCAACAAACUGCCCUCUCACUACAUACCUAUCCUACCUUACCCACCUACCUGUCUACUUGCCAACUCAGGUACCUCCUUGGUCAUAGCCGUGCUUUUUUAUCUUUGUUCCCAUAACCACAUCAAGCAUCGUCAGCAGGAGCAUCGUAUCGAAGAAGAAGAAGAAGAAGAAAAAGCAAGAAACUACAAGAAAAGGGCGAUUUAACAUUCUUACCAUACACCCGCUCUGCAUAGCCAGCUACAAUCAGCUUGAGGCUCGAAAGAGACAGACGACAAAACGUAUUCAGAGCCGAACGCCAGGGAGCCACCUCAUCUGUCAGGAACAAGAGGCCAAACGCUUGCCCGCAUAAUCGCUCUCUGCUCUGUAUCUCUUGGAAACCUGCCGCGUCGCGCAUUUGCUUUGUGCAACAUUCCUGCCCUGUCCUGAAAGAGGAAGUCGACAUUCCCCUUAACAAGUCUGCGCCCGGGGCCACCUUGUUAGGAUCAGCGCAUAACUGCAACCUGGCAAUCUAGGUACUUACCUACUCAAUUCACUUGGACACACUCAACUGCAUAAGCUACGCGCACACGCACACAACAUCUCCGUCGCACCUGGUAGGCGUCGGCCUCACUUGGUUUUGGCAGACCAUUUACGAGUUGCUCUAUUGGACCAGGUAGAGCAGUUGCGGUGCUUCUAGACCCAGUAGCCAAAGUUUCUGGUAACCUUUUCACGCCAUCAGGUGGCUGCCGGUUCGGUUGGUGGAGCACAUCGACGUGCACGGGAUCCUGAGUUGUUUUUCUGGGGGAUUCGGACAGUUCUGUUCCGCGCCUUCUAGCUUUGCUUGCAGGAAUCCCCAUUGUCGCCUCGAUGCCUUCUCUAGGUUUUCUUAAGAAAAAAAGGACUAGGGACGGAAACAACGACAACUCAAGCCAACCAGCAAGCCCAGUCACUCCGACUGCAGCCCAGAGUUUCGAGCAGGCGCAAGUCUUAGGUGCACCUUCUGCCAUCAACAACUCCCACGCACAUACGCAGCAGCAGUCUUACUUGGUGCCUCAGCCCGGCUACUCGGUUGGGACAGAAGUACAGGCUCAGCAGCCUCAGAUGAACUCAAUUUCACAACAACAACAACAGGCGUUUGCGCCGCCAGCACAUACACCCUCGCCGGGGACUAUUGAUCCGCAACAAAGCCUGCCGAGCAUCUCUAACCUCAUGAACCCCGCAGUCCAACAACAAAACAGCCAGCCCUCGGCCAACUUCCAACCUCAGUCGCAGUCACAGUCACAAUCGCAAUCUCAAUUUCCGCUCCCACCGUCGCACGGGAAUGGCGAUCAAAGCCAGCAGCAAAAUUUCCAGGUUCAACAGCAGAUUCAGUCACAGCAGGACGCCAUGGAUAUACAGCCUUCGCAAGUGCAGGACCAGUCCCAUUCUCAGCAGGCGCAGCCUCAGCACCAACCACAGCAUCAUGUGCAGCACCAUGUAAAUCAUGCGCAUCAAGGAUCCCAAGACCAGCAGACAAGGGUUACGAAGGGGAAGUACUCGCUGACCGAUUUCGAGAUCCUCCGGACGCUUGGUACCGGUAGCUUCGGUAGAGUGCACUUGGUCCAGUCAAGACAUAAUCAAAGAUUCUACGCUGUUAAGGUCUUGAAGAAGGCUCAGGUGGUCAAGAUGAAGCAGGUUGAGCAUACCAACGACGAGCGCAAAAUGCUGGGCGAAGUCAAGAAUCCGUUCCUGAUUACGUUGUGGGGUACUUUCCAAGACUGCAGGAACCUGUACAUGGUCAUGGAUUUCGUCGAAGGUGGUGAGCUCUUCUCGUUACUGAGAAAAUCGGGGCGCUUCCCAAACCCAGUAGCAAAGUUCUACGCGGCCGAGGUAACAUUGGCUCUCGAAUAUCUACACGCCAAAAACAUCAUAUACCGUGACCUGAAGCCCGAAAACCUGUUACUUGACCGACAUGGCCACCUCAAAAUCACCGACUUUGGGUUCGCCAAGCGUGUACCGGACAAGACAUGGACUCUUUGUGGCACUCCGGAUUACCUGGCGCCGGAGGUAGUUUCCAACAAGGGCUACAACAAGUCUGUUGACUGGUGGUCUUUGGGAAUACUGAUAUACGAGAUGCUGUGCGGCUAUACCCCCUUCUGGGAUAGCGGAUCUCCUAUGAAGAUAUACGAGAAUAUCCUGAAGGGCAAAGUUCGUUAUCCCGCCUAUAUCAACCCGGACGCGCAAGACCUGUUGCAACGUCUCAUCACGGCAGACUUGACAAAGAGGUUAGGAAACCUUUAUGGCGGAUCGCAAGAUGUCAGGAACCACCCAUGGUUUGCCGAGGUGACAUGGGAUCGCCUUGCGCGAAAGGACAUAGAUGCACCAUACACACCUCCAGUCAAGGCCGGCGCGGGCGACGCAAGCCAGUUUGAUCGAUAUCCCGAAGAAACAGAACGAUAUGGCCAGACUGGUCAUGAUGAAUACGGGAAUUUGUUCCCUGGAUUCUGAAGAGGCUAUGAUUUGUAUUCCACCGGAUAAUGAUCGCGGGUGCCUGAUGUACGUUCACGAAAACACAGUCAUGCUGUGACGCACUUGUCUCAAUGUGGCUAGCAAAAGCCAUCGAAUACAUGACCAAGAUGAUGACUGUGGUCCGUCAAAGAAAAAAAGAAGAAAAAAAAAACGGAACUAAAGACAGCGGAACACGAUGUAAUGAAUCAGUGCCCAUUCAAGGCUUUACGCGGUACUUGCAAACUUGGAUAGAAUAGCCCAGAAGAACGCAACCGGGAACGCGUCAGAUCAGAACGGAGGGAUGGCGUUGGCUUGUCACCUACCUUACCUACGUACUCAAGUCUUGGAGGAACAUGUUUUGCAGUAUGCUUACCUCGAUUAUUUACCUAUCAGUAGCACUAUGGAUUAGACGGACAAGUGGGAAGAGGUUGCUCAUGUACUAUUUGGAGCGGGGAAUACAAGAUACGACCAACUUAGAUCCUUGCCUAAUACCUUUUUGCUGCAUCACACUGAAC